CGCAGCCGAGCGCGGCGGCGGGGGAGGGCCGGGCCGGAGGAAUAAGGACCCGGCUUCUUCCCCGGUCCCACCCCCGGCCGCUUCCUCCGCAGCUCCCUCCCCUCGGCCUCCCCUUCCCCUCCCGCCCCCCACUCCCCCUAAAAUCAUCCCCCCAUCUCCCGGUAUUGAUUUCCCCGCACGCGAAUCCCAGCGCGGCGCGGCGAGCCCGGGCACUGGCGGCUCCGUCACCCGCUCCCGCCGGGACCGGCAUCGGGACCGGGACCCGCACCGGGACCGGCGCCCCAUGGAAGGGCAGCGGCUGCGGCCGGAGCGGCUGAAGUUUGCCCGGAGCGAGGGAUGAGCGAUGGAGGGGCCGAGCCCGGCGGGAGCCCCGUGCUGCUGGCCGAGCCCGCGGCCACCGGGCGGGCCCGGGAGAAGGCGCCGACCCGGGCGGAGCUGGAGAGCGCCCUGCGCGGCGGCGGCGGAGGCGGCGGCGGCUUCAAGGACAUCCCCGGAACGUCGGCGGUCAGCCCCGGCUCCUCCAAGGAGUGCGCCCCGGACACCGAGAGCCCGUCGGGGACCGGCGAGGCGGAUUACUGCCGCCGCAUCCUGGUGCGAGAUGCCAAAGGGACGAUCCGGGAGAUCGUGCUGCCCAAGGGGCUGGACCUGGACCGGCCCAAGCGGACCCGCACGUCCUUCACGGCGGAGCAGCUCUACCGCCUGGAGCUGGAGUUCCAGCGCUGCCAGUACGUGGUGGGCAGGGAGAGGACGGAGUUAGCGCGGCAGCUCAACCUCUCCGAGACCCAGGUGAGGCUCGGGGGCUCCCCCGGUGGCCGCGGUCCCCAACCCCGCGGGGGGAUCGGAGUUCGGGGGAGGGCUGGGGGGACGCUGCGCUGCUCCGGGGGGACGGUUCUCCCCCACCCCUUUGUCCCGAGCCCGAGGAUCGGCUGGUUUGGGGGUGGGGGGGUCUGUAGGGACCCCCCGACGGGCAACACCCCCCCGGAGGGUCCGGCAAAGGGUCAAGGCCAGGCUGGACGGGGCUCGGAUCCGCCUGGGCCGGUGGAACGUGUGGGUUUAGGGGCCCUUCCAGCCCAAACCAUUCCAUGAUCCUAUGAAAGCCGGGAAGAGGAAAGAGCAGGAGGGUACCAGUGGGGAGCCGAGGU